AUGUUUCAGUAUUAUAUAAAAAUUGUUCCAACUCUCUAUCAAAGAAGAGACCUUUCAAUAUUUUCUACCAACCAGUUCUCAGUGACCAAACACAAGGUCCAAGCAUUCGAUAAAGGUCCAUCAGGCGCCCCUGGAAUAUUCUUUAGCUAUGAAUUUUCGCCUAUUAUGAUCAAGUUGACUGAAAAGCCAAGGUUACUAGGGCAUCUGUUCACUCAGUUUUUGUGCAAUAUCAGUGGAGUUUUUAUAUGUUUUUGGAUUAUUGAUAUAUUUAUGUAUAAAGUAUCUAAGGUGUACAAUAUACGCAAGAAACAAUUACCUAAUUCUAAUAACUAA